CUGGAAGAAUGGAGUUAGGGGCCUGCAGGGUGAGGCAGGCCUUUGCCUCUUCGGGCAUGCGGUUGAUAGGGUUGCCAGCUCCAGGUUGCAUUUGAAAAGGAUGGUGUCUAUCUCCACACCAGUGCGAAGCGUCAUCCUGAUCAGGACUCUAUCAUACCAGGGGUUAUCCGCAUAAUUGAAAAGGGCUCAGACACUUUGUUACAAUGGACGCCUGUAGAGGAGACUUCAGAUGCUGCUCAGAUAACAUUUACCAAGAAGGAUAUGGUGGGCUGCCAAGCUGAUGAAGAAAUCUUUGAUCCAGGAUAUGAGCCGGACUGGGCUGUUAUCAGUACAGUGGGAACUCACUCACGGGUCCAGGAGGAAACAAAUGCUUCUGGGCCAAAGUCUCCAGUUCCACGUGGCCAGUGGGCGUUCACUCUCCACCUGUCUGAGCUGAAAUCCAUUCGUAAAAGUAAACCAGGUUUGGGCUGGUCAUACCUCAUCUUCAUUACCAAAGAUGGAGUCUCCAUUCAGGCCCUGCAUUUCCACCGUGGGGGCACCAAGGCCCUCCUCAAAGCUCUUUGCAAAUAUGUCAUCUUAGCCACCUCCCCUAAAGAUUCCCGGCUCUAUUUGGUUUAUACUCAUGACUCAUAUGCCCUCUCCCACUCUUUUGAUGAACUUCAGCUCUUUGAUGACAGUUCUUCCAACCUUGUUUCGCGAUUCUUGCAGGAUCCUUAUGCUGCCACCUUUGGGGGCUUCUCCAAAGUCACUAAUUUCUUCCGGGGGGCUCUGCACCACGAAGACGGGACCCCCCAGUUUGCCCCCGGUGACCCCAGCACUGGCAACGUUGAGGAUGAGACAGGCUUUGAAAUGAUCACCUGUCAGGCACGGCUGGGAGAGCGGCCAUCCGUCCAGCGGGAGACGGCGGUUACAGAGCAGGAGUGGGAACAACAUCUGGAUCCCGAUGGGCGUGUGCGGGACCCCACUGGACUGCGCAGAAGGAUCUUUGCAGGGGGCCUCAGCAUGCCAUUGCGCAAGGAGGCCUGGAAAUACCUGCUGGGAUAUUACGCCUGGGACAACAGCAGCGAGGAGAACAAAGCACAAGUGAGGCGGAAAACGGACGAGUAUUUCCGCAUGAAGCUACAGUGGAAGUCAGUCAGCGAGGAACAGGAGCGACGGAACUCCUUGCUGCGUGGCUACCGCAGUUUGAUUGAAAGGGACGUGAGCCGCACGGAUCGGAACAACAAGUUCUAUGAAGGCAGCGAAAAUCCGGGCCUUGUGCUCCUUAAUGAUGUGCUGAUGACCUAUUGCAUGUACAACUUUGACCUUGGAUACGUCCAAGGUAUGAGCGAUCUUCUCUCCCCAAUUCUUUACAUCACCCAAAACGAAGUGGACGCCUUCUGGUGCUUCUGUGGUUUCAUGGAGCUGGUGCACCGCAACUUCGAGGAAAGCCAGGAGUCCAUGAAGCGUCAGCUAGCCCAGCUGACCCUGCUGCUCCGAGUGCUCGAUCCCCCCCUCUGUGACUUCCUGGACUCAAAGGAGUCUGGCAGCUUGUGCUUCUGCUUCCGGUGGAUUUUGAUCUGGUUCAAGAGAGAAUUUGCCUUCUCUGAAAUUCUCCAGCUGUGGGAGGCACUCUGGACAGGAUUGCCUUGUCCCAACUUCCACCUUCUGGUGGCCUGUGGGAUUCUGGAUGCGGAGAGACAGGCUCUAAUGAACUCUGGCUUUGGCUUCAACGAGAUUCUUAAGCACAUCAAUGAGCUCACCAUGAAGAUGAGCGUAGAAGACAUCUUAUGCCGAGCCGAGGCCAUCUACCGACAGCUGGCAGCCACUCCGGACCUACCCCGCAACGUCCAGGAAUUGCUAGGCCUCUCCGAGGGCAAGUCUCCGUCCCCCAGCACUGACACGGCAAGCUCUCCGCAGCCGCUAUCCCCCAGCCAAGCCCAGGAGAUGGAGCUGACGGACAGUGUUUCCCCAAGCCAGCCUGACAGCAGCAUCGAAAUCUUGCCUACUGAGGAGGCGUCCACCUCUCAGAGUCUCUCUCCUUGAAGGAAAAAUUCUGUCGUCUCGGACCACCGCCCUCCUCCUUAACACAAGCACUUUAACCAGAGCAGGGUGAGGGUUAAGACUGAGGUGAAGGGCAGGGGAGGGUUUAGGGGCUUGGGGUUGUCCCCUGCAGGUCACUUGGCUGCAGGCACAUCAGCUCUCCAAAGGUACUUGGAGCCACGGGAGUAGCUGUGUCCUCCUAGAGUUCCCUGAGAGGGGAGGUUGAUCUCAAAGGCGCCAGGGCUUGGAGCACAUUAUGUGCCUUCCCUGUAAUGCACAGGGGCUAUAGCCAUUCCUCUCAGCAGGCACACAGGCUUGGUAGAGUUCACUUUCCUGGAGUUAGAAGGGACUAAGUUAAUGCUGCUGUGUUCCUUGACUUCUGGGGUAGGUUAGCUCAAUCCUCUUAGCUUCUCCCUCUUACUUCAAACACUAUUUUUGUGUGAAGCUAAAUCCUACAUGGCCUCUUGGGAGAGAAGGGCCUCACUUCACACUUCAAAUUGCACACAUAGUUAAGUUACGCUCCUUUGGUGAUCUCUCCGCAUCUCUCUCAAUGCUCUUCCACGUUGGCCUACCGAACAUCAGUCUGAUGGCAAUUAUUUUUAAUUUCACAUUGCUGAUGAAGCCUCUGUGGUUACCCAUGGAGGUAAAGAAACUUAAGCUUGGGUUAAAGGGAAUUGAUUGAAGGAGGUUGGAGCAACUAAACUGGAAACGGGGAUUCAUGAGCCUGAGGCUGGUUAGUUGAAGGAGAUGAGGUUCACAGAGAGAGAGAGAGAGAGAGAGAGAGGGAAAGGGUGCCAGGGGAUCGCAACAAUGGAGGCAGAAAGCCAGAGUUCUUUGAUUUCCACUGGCAUUACUCAUCAGGUUGUGCGCUUACAGCUGGAGGAUCAUGUGGCUCUGAACGGACAUGUAGCUCCAUUCUUAUGUGCCUCUCUGGCAUAGCAGGUGUGUGGAUCAGCUCCUUCGGCCGACUCCUUGUGCCUGCCCAUGUGCUCUUAUGGCCCUACUCUGCUCUGUUGAACAGCAUCCUUCUCAGCCCUCACCUUGGUUUCUUUGUUUCCUUUGUAUCGUGCAUUAAAAAUGUAGUGUCA